UUUACUAAAAAUAUGAUCGUAUUAUACUUAACAUUUGUCUUUCUUGCUUGCGUAAUUGGGGAAUCACCAGAUUUACACACUUCUUUUAUUAGCAAAUCAUUUGGUAUUUACAAUGAUCCCAAACAGCAGACCAACUGCCAUAUAAUUUGUUGUGAGUCAUACAAACGUACACAAAAAACACAAGUAGAAGACAAAGUUGGCAAUGCUACUGACACAAAAGGAUUUCUGGAUAACGAUAUAAAUUUAGAUUCUAUGAGAGAUGUCGUGUCAACAAUAUGUAAACGACGUCGGAUUGGUUAUCAUAAUCAUGAUAUGUUUUCUCCGGCUCCCAUUGAUAUGUCUUUGAAACAUAAAAUGGAUAUCCAAGAUACUGGAAAACCAUGUAAUAAAGGCAAAGGAACGUAUAUUAAAAUUGGAUGGAAAAAUGUACCAUGGGCAAUGAUUUUAUCAUGUUUUUAUAAAGCAGAAUUAAAAGGGGUAACAACCACGAGAACUUUUUGGUCGCGACAUCACAUAAGAAUUUAUCCUAACCGUGAAACAUCAUCUUACCGUUAUUUUAAAGUAAAAUUUUUCGAAAACUUAGGAGUCAUAUCUGCAUACAAAAACUCUGGAUAUGAUCGCGGUCAUUUAGCACCGAAAGCUGAUUUUGGUAUAAAAGUCGAAAAAGAUAUGACUCACUUUUAUGUAAACGCAGCUCCUCAAUGGUCUGAUCUAAAUCAAGGAGAAUGGAGAGUAAUAGAAUCAGAAGUAAGAAAGCAUGCACAACAUGAUUGGAUCAUCUACACAGGAACAUUAGGUAAACUAGGAGUAUUGAAAAGUAGACCAAAGAAACAACUAGAAGUAAUUAUACCAAAAUAUUUUUUUAAAAUUGUUAUACAACCUAAUUCUAUAUUACCCUCAUCCUUGGUUUUUAUUGGUAAAAAUGAUAUUUUCAAAAAAGGUAAAAUAGAUCAUGAACUAUACAUCCGUUGCAUUAAAAGCUGUGACAUAAAUACAUAUUUUAAAAAUAAAAAGUUUCUCUUCUCUUUUUGCUGCAAGACUUCCAUAUUUUUACCAAUUGCAACCAGGUUUGGUGUACAUAUAGAAGAAUCAGAUAAUAAAGCGUAUACUUUAAUGAAAUGGUAAUUAAAAAUUCUGUAAAUAUUGAUGAAAUAAA